GUAAUCUUAAAAAUAAUUCAUUUUGUUCCACAGUGGUAAUAAGAUGAAGUGUGAAGUCAAAGUUGGGAACAGAAUUAGAAGGUUUCUCGUCACAAGACAUAAAAAAUAUGCUCCUCUGACAGAUAUCUCCUGUUUUACUUACAAUCUUUUUCGAAAAAUAUUCUGGUUUGUAGUGGGAUAACUGUAGUUAUAUCUCAAACAUACUGUUAAGAGUUUUGAAUCUUGACUCAUUCUGCGCCUGAAAUCAUUUCUGCUCUUAAAUGAUCAAGUAAAACGCAACAAAGUCUAAAAUAAUUUAAAAGAUCUUCAGAAAGGUUCCUUCAAAGAUUCAAAGAAAUUUUUUUCAUUCAAAUUGAGCAGAAAUGUAUCAGUUUCUAAUCAAAAUGAACAAAUGUGUUGAAAUGAAAUCGUAACGUCAUGACGUCAGCUGCCUUUGCGUCACCGCGCCCUCCGUCCUCCUCAGGGAACGCGCACAUUCCUAUUGUCCAAGAUGGCGGCCCUGGUGCAGCUCCUGUGAUGCUGAAAUGUUUCCCAUCGUUUCUAACCGUUUUCACCGUAAAUGUGCUAAAACUCAGCGGCCGCCCUGGAAGCGCGUCUCUCCCUGAAGCCGUCCCCAGCCGCCUCGUCUCCACGAACACUCCAGGAACCCGCUCCGAGCGCCGAAUUCCCGCUGCACGGCUCCGAAAAGUUUGGGCUCCAUCCUUCGGUGAAAGAUGAAGAGGCAGGCCGGGAGAGAGAGCAGCCCGUCCCGCGCUAUCGCUAAGCGGAUACGGGAAAGGGAGCGGGAGAGCGCCCGCAGAGAGGAGCUGCCCCCGCCGCCUCUGGCUCUGCUGCUGGCGGAGAGCCGGAGCUAUCACCGCCGCAGCCGCAGCAGGGAGCGGGAGAAGCCGCGGCUCAGAGAGGAGCGGGCGGCCGCCCUGGAGCUCCACCACCGACAUGAACUCAGCCUGCUCGGACGGCCGCCGCUGCGCGCCGCCGAGCCGCCCGCCGCCAGGCCCGGGACGCUGGAGUACAAGACGCUGCUCAUCAGCAACCUGGGCUCGCAGGUGUCGGACGAGGACGUGGAGGACUCGCUGUUCCACGAAUUCAAAAAGUUCGGGGACGUGAGCGUGAAGCUGUCCCACACCCCGGAGCUGGGCCGGAUCGCAUACGUGAAUUUUCGCCACCCGGAGGACGCGAAGGAGGCCCGGCACGCCAAGUCGUCCCGCCUGGUUCUGGGGGAACGCCAGCUGAAGAUAGAGCCCAUGUACGUGAGGAGGCGGAGUGUGACCCCGCCGGACGUCGGGUACCUCCCGCUGCAUGCGCCGCCGUACCCCUACCGGCAGCGCUCCCUGUCCCCGCCCGGGCCCGCCGUCAACAGCCUGCGUGAGCUGCGGGCCCGGCAGUACGCCCUGGAGAGCCUGGCGCUGACCCGGGACCGGGACCGCCUGCUGGAUUACUAUGGGAUGCUGGAUGAGCGGGGGCGGCCCUUCGGGUUCCCCGCCAUGCCCGUGGUGGAGGACCUGAAGCCGGAGGACGACCAGAGGGCCACCAGCAACCUGUUCAUCGGGAACCUGGACGGGAACGUGACGGAGGCGGAGCUCCGGCGCGGCUUUGAUAAGUACGGCAUCAUUGAGGACGUGGUGAUCAAACGUCCGGCCCGCGGCCAGGGCGGCGCUUAUGCCUUUGUGAAGUUCCAGAACCUGGACAUGGCCCACCGGGCCAAGGUGGCCAUGCAAGGCCGGCUGAUCGGUGGGAACCCCAUAAAGAUCGGCUACGGCAAGGCGAAUCCCACCACCCGGCUGUGGGUGGGCGGCCUGGGCCCCGGGAACUCUCUGACCGCCCUGGCCCGGGAGUUUGACCGCUUCGGCAGCAUCAGGAACAUCGACUAUGUGAAAGGGGACAACUUUGCCUACAUUCAGUAUGAAAGCCUGGACGCUGCCCAGGCCGCCUGCACCCAGAUGAGGGGCUUCCUUGGGGGCCAGGAGCACCGUCUCCGGGUGGACUUCGCCAAGGUGGAGGAGAGCCCCUCCCGGCCCUUCCCUCCCGGGUACCAGCCUCCCAUCGCGCUCUCCGCCCACUACGACCUCCUGGGGGAGGCGUACAGCCACCACCGCAGCCUGGAGAGGGAGCUGCGGGGCGGGCGGGAGCGCUCCCCGCCCCCCCCAAGCCUCCUCUCCCUCCGGGAGCGGGGCCUCCUGGAAAGAGACUUUCCCAGCAGCCCCACGCGAAGCCUGGAGCGGCGGGCCGGAGGGGUGGAGGCCUUCGGGCGGAGCGGACGGGCGGCGCGGAGCCGCAGCAAGACGGAGCGGUGGCUGAAAGAGCGGGAGGAGAGGCGGACCCGCAGGAGGAGCCGCAGCCUGUCCGCCGACAAGCCGCCAGAGGAGAAGGAGCGGGGGAGGUCGCGAGUUCGCGGUCCAGGAGGGGCGUCUCCUGAUGCCAGCCCUGACCGGGCGCGGGUACGCGCCCCCGACUCCACCACCGAGCCACGGGACCACUCCCCCGACAGCGGCGCCGGUCGACACUCCACCACCAACGAAGAAGAGCUUCCCGCCGGCCGCCACCACAGCAAGAGGUCCUCCAGCGAUCACCUGAACAACCACCACCACCGCGCCGAGGCGGCCGGCACCGCCUCGCCGCCCGGACGCCCCGGCUCCCCCAGCACGCUGUCAGAGUUCGCCCAGGGCGCCCUGUCCAGGCUGUGGCGCGGCUUCUUCGCCCUGAAGAACAGCAGCUUCCCCACAGACCUGUUCCUGCUGGAGGGCGGCGCGGCCUACUUCCACACGGUGAUGAAGGACAGCCUGAAGCUGCAGAGCCAGCCCAGCCAGCUGAAGAUCGCCCAGCGGCUGCGCAUGGACCAGGCCCGGCUGGACGAGGUGGCGCGCCGCAUCAAGCUGGGCCGCCCGGACGGCUUCGCCAUCCUGCUGGCCCUGCAGGGCCCCGUGGACCGCCAGGCGCCGGGGCUGGACCCGGGCCUGCAGGUGCGCCUGCUGCGCCACCUUGUCACCUACCUGCGAAACAAGGAGGCGGCGGGCGUGGUGAGCCUGCCGGCCGCCAAGGAGGGCACCCCGGGCGCCAUGCUAUACGCCUUCCCGCCUGGGGAGUUCUCGCAGCAGUUCCUGCAGGCGGCCAAGAGGACUGUGGGUAAUCUGGAGGAGGAGCACAUGGUCAUUGUGAUUGUCAACGACACUAACUGACUCCCGGCGCUUCCUCCAUGUUGUUCAGUGUUUGUUUCAGUUUAAAUGAAUUCCAGCCAGUUACACUACAUGUUCCUCAGC